UCCCGCCUUAAAAGUCUUACUGCUGCGGUCUGUGUCCGAGCUGCGCCCCCAUUGACGUUUAGCGACAUAGUGGCAUUAAAACACCGUCUGUUAUGGACGACCUUUAUUUAGAGAACAUCGACGAAUUCAUAAACGAUCACAACAGGAUUGUCACGUACAAGUGGUUGAGUCUCACACUCGGAGUCCAUGUGAACCAGGCGAAACAAAUGCUCUACCACUACCUGGACCACAAGCGCAAGGAGAGCUCUGCGUCUCAGCUUCAUGCCACCUACCUGGUGUCCGGGAAGUUUGUGGAGAAUGGCAACACGAGUCACAAGGUGGCGGUAGUGAGAGAAGAUCAGCUGGAAGAUGUCAAGUCGAAGAUGGUGCUCACUGUGAGCGUACAUGUGUACAGCGUGCAGAAGGCGGCGCUCAAGGACAGCGGGCCCCUCUACAGCACCGAUUACGAUGCUGUCAAAGAGAAUCUGAAGAAUUGCUGCAAGUACAGUGCCAUCCGAUGCGCCUGCGCGGCACCGGUAUCCUCCGCGGACGAGCAGUGGGGACAGGAGACGACAGCGGACCCCUUACCAGAACCCGAAACACGGAACCCUAUCCUGAAUGGAAGCUCUCCUCCAGCUCCCUCUAAAGCCACAGCAAAGCAGCCCAAGGGGAUCAUGGGAAUGUUCAACAGCAAGAGCGCAACCAGGACCCAGGACUCGGGCAGGGAAGUUAAAACUGAACAGAAAGAGAAAACCACUGCGCAGGAGACAUCAAAAACCAAGGUCGCCGCCAAGGCCAGUGCCAUCAGUAACUUUUUCGGGAAGUCGGCAGCAACAGGAAGCUCCAAGGAGAACUCGGAGAAGGUCAUCAAGGAAGAGAUCGUGGUGCAGACAAUGCGUGUGUCGGAGGAGAAGUCUCUGGGGUCCCAUAAAGCGGAAGUGGACGUCAAGGAGGAGGAGCACAAGGGCUCGCAUACCGCGGGCAGGAAAUGCAAAGACGGACGGAGUAAGGUGAAGCGCAUUGAAGAGUCUGACAGCGAAGAUGAGCAGUUUGAGAGUCAGAAGAAAAAAAGGCGGCGAAUUAAGAAGCCGCAGCCUGACAGCAGCGACGACGAAGUCAUUGCAGACUCUUCUCCAUCACACAAUGUGGACACGCGGACACCUAGUCCUGAAAACAAAGUGAAGAAGGAGCCUGUUUCACGCGCUGAGGAGAAAACUGAAGGCAAGAGGAGGAAGAGGAGGAAAGUUCUGAAGGCUCGUACAUUUGUAGACGAGGAGGGCUGCAUGGUGACCGAGAAGGUGUACCAGAGCGAGUCGUUCUCGGACAGCGACAGCGACUCGAGGAGCGGCCCACAGCCCACGGAGCAGAGCGGCGUUCAGGCCACUCUCCGGAAGAAGGAGGAUGAGCACAGGGGCCAAAAAAGGAGCCCGGUCCCCUCCGGCAAAGCCACGAAGCAGCCGUCCAUCAUGGGAUUCUUCCAGAAGAAAUGAACAGUGGAGCAGGACUGAGCUCAGGACUGAGCUCAGCAAAGGGGCCCAGCACAAGAUCCCGGGCAUCACGCUUUCACUGGUGUUUCGCUGCACACCAUCUCCUUCCUCUUGACAUAUUUUGACUUGGUCUUUGUAAGGAGCGUUUUGCCAGAAUUCAGUUUUGUUCUGUAUGACAGUCUGAAGGUACUGGAGGGAAAGCAGAGUCGCGGCGCAUCGCAGUAUCCGUGUGCAUCCAAGUCUUGGAGAAGGUUUCUCAGUUGAAAUUUGUGUGUGUGUGUUUUCUUUUUUAAAAAAAAAAAAAUAUAAUUGAGUUUGAACAAACUGACAUACAUAAUGGUGUCGAACAGAUUGUUAGUAUGAA